AUGGGUUUUGUCACAUUGUCAACAUCAUCCAUUCAUCAGCACUCUAUGAAUCUAUAUGUGCUUUUUCCAUGUUUUGGUUAUGAAGAAAAAUUUUUUCGUCAAGUAUCACUCGAAGAAGAAUAUGUCAGGGACGAAGAAUAUUUUAAGAAGCCAAUGAAAGCAUGUGCUAAUUAUUUUAUUGUGUACAACAGUCCACUUAAUAGAGGGAUGGACAAUAGUAGAGGACAAAUACAUUCAUCAUCCUCAUGUCCUUGCAUUGUGCUUCGGAUUGGACGUACGGUCUUGGUGAUCCCUCUGUUACUGGUGGUACCAGUUGCCGAGCAUCAGUUGCAAAACUAA